CAGGUGGUGCUGAUGGUGUGUUUCGCGCUCCUUCUGCUGGUGUUUUCCCGCUGCGGGGAGGCACGUGUCAGACUCAACUCCAUCAGGACGGUGAUACUGCGAGAGGGUCACGCGCUACCGAUGAACAGGAGCACGUGGGAGCCGAGCGUGGACCUGACAGUGAGUGUUUCUGACUGUUUCUCUUGUCUCCAUUCACUCUAUCAGUGUAUGAGCGACCUGGAGUGUAGCGAGGGGAGCUACUGCCACGCCCCCACCAAAGGUCCCGCCCACUCCCGCUGCCAGACCUGCCGCAGGAGGAAGAGGCGUUGCCAUAGAGACGGCAUGUGUUGUCCCGGCAACCGGUGUAGCAACAAUAUCUGUGUUCCUGACGUGAAUAGUUUUGUGUCUCAGAGGAUCCCGGACACAGAUGAAGAGAUGAAUCCACUGUCUAAAAAGAAAGGAUGGAGAAAGAGAGGGAAAGUGGACACCAAAGGGCCUUCUAGUAGAGGUCAGGUCGGGGAUCCUUGUCUUCGCUCCUCCGACUGUUCCGACAGUUUGUGUUGCGCUCGUCACUUCUGGACUCGCAUCUGCAAGCCGGUCCUGCGGGAGGGACAGGUUUGCACACGCCAACGCCGAAAGGGAAACCACGGCCUGGAGUUGUUCCAGCGUUGCUCCUGCGGUGACGGACUCAGCUGCCGCACGCUUCGGGACCCCAACGCUCACUUCUUCAUCGUCGUCAAAGUCAUCGUCGGCAGUGGCAAAGACGAGACUUCAUGUGUGUCAGAGAAACUGAGGAUGGGUGGGAAGAAAGAGACUGAUUGA